GCAAUCUAGCAAUCCUUUCACGACAUUUUCCGAAAGUCAGCUCGUUCCUAUUCGUAUUCUUUCGUAGUCGAUCGCUGAAUCCCGGAUCAUUCUUGCAAAUCGUAGAGUUUAUGCAUAUUUUGUGAACAAUGGCAGCGGUAUUAGGACGUGUUAUUAUUUACGGUGGUAAGGGUGCACUUGGUUCUGCUUGUGUUUCCCAAUUUAAAUCAAAAAAUUGGUGGGUUGGAUCUAUUGAUAUGAAACCCAAUGAAAGUGCAGAUGCUAAUAUUGUUGUAAAUGCUAAUAGAAACUGGCAGGAACAGGAAUCUGAUAUUUUAUCCGAAAUAAAAAAUAUUUUGAAAGAAGACAAAGUAGAUGGAGUGAUUUGUGUAGCAGGUGGAUGGGCUGGAGGAAAUGCUUCAAGCUCUGAUUUUAUCAAAAAUAAUGAUCUUAUGUGGAAACAAAGUGUUUGGAGUUCAGCUAUUGCAGCAAGUAUUGCAUCUCAUUAUUUGAAACAAGGAGGAUUUCUUGCAUUGACUGGUGCUAAAGCUGCGUUAGAAGGAACACCAGGAAUGAUUGGUUAUGGAAUGGCUAAGGCAGCAGUCCAUCAAUUAACCAAGUCUUUAGCUUCCAAGGAUAGUGGUCUACCUCUUGAUUCUAUUGUUGCUACUAUCUUACCUGUUACUUUGGAUACCCCAAUGAAUAGAAAGUGGAUGCCAAAAGCUGAUACAAGUACAUGGACAUCUCUUGAAUUUGUAUCAGACUUGUUUUGGAAAUGGUCUCAAAAUCAAGACCGACCUUCCAAUGGUAGUCUUCUUCAAUUGAUUACUAAAGACAAUAAGACAACAUUAAUAACAGUUUAAAAAUGGAAAUGAAACUCUGAAGAUGUUAAAAGAUUAAUGGAAGCAACAGUUUCUAAAAGCAUUUAUGACAAUAAAUGAAUAUUACAAAAAACUACUUACUACAAAAAAUAUACUCUGUGUCUCUAAAUAAAUUGUGAACAUACUGUGAAUAUACAAGUAUAUUGUUAGCAUUA